AUGGCCGAAGUGCCUAUCAAAGUCAAGCACCAAGGCAAGGUCUACGACCUGGAAGUCGACACGUCGGCAACCGGAGAGAUCUUGAAGAUGCAAAUCUACUCCCUCACAAACGUCGAGCCCGAGAACCAAAAAGUACUGGCGAAGAAGAUCAUCAAGGACGACACUCCGCUUGCAUCGUUAGGAUUCAAGGCCGGCACCGUCAUCACCUUGAUCGGAAAUCCUUCUGCGAAUGUGGUCACCGAGGUCCCCAAGGAUAAAGUCAAGUUUGCGGAGGAUAUGACGGAGGCGGAGCUGGCGCAGUUAGAUGGAGCGAUUCCGGCGGGUCUGCAAAAUAUGGGCAACACGUGCUAUGCCAACGCCACGUUGCAGACAUUGCGUGCUGUACCGGAGCUGUUGGAAGAGUUGAAGAGCUAUAAGCCAGGCGCAGCUACUGCGGGUCCGGCCAGUUCGUUAUUCUCACCACAGCAACUUGCACAGCAUGGAAUUGGUGGACUAGGGGGAGGCAACGACCUUACCGCCGCGCUAGGGGACCUCUACAAGCAGAUGGCCGAGACUCAGCAAGGUUUUCCACCGCUUCUCUUCUUGACGACGCUUCGGCAAAAGUUUCCUCAGUUCGCAGAGAAGGCUAAGAGUGGGCAUGGAUACGCACAGCAGGACGCCGAAGAGGUGUGGUCACAGUUGAUUCAGACGCUGGGCACGAGCUUGAAGCUCAAAGACUCUGAGGAGUCGGGCCCGGCUUUCAAGAGCUGGAUAGACAAAUACAUGGGCGGCAAGUUUGAGGUUACAACUAAAUGCGAUGACGCACCCGAGGAGGAAGUCACCACUAACAGUGAGGACUUCAACGACUUGAAGUGCAACAUCACCAGCGAGACGAAUCACUUGCGGGAAGGUCUCUCGAUUGCGCUUAACGAGACGAUCGAGAAGAACUCCCCAACACUGAACGCCAUGGCCAACUACACGCGUACCUCACGCAUCUCCCGGUUGCCCAAAUACGCCCCCGUCCACCUCAUUCGCUUCUUCUGGCGGAAAGACACCGGCAAGAAGGCCAAAAUUCUGCGCAGAGUCACCUUCCAACAUGAGAUUGACGUCCUUGAGUUUUGCACCGAUGAGCUUCGAAAGAAGAUCAUCCCGAUCCGAGACAAGAUCCGAGAAGUCCGCAAAGAGGAGGAGGAUGUCGAGCGAGCCAAGAAGCGCCAGAAGCGCAUGCGACAGGAUGCCGAAGCCGCAGGGGAUGCCCCCGCCGCAGUGCGCAGCGACGAGCCUCUCCAAAAGAAGAAAGAGAAGGAGAAGGAACGGGAAGCCAAAGCUGCCGGCGAACCCUCUUCGUCUGCCAACGUCAAGAAACCCAGCGGUAGUGAAGACGUCGCCAUGACCGGCACCACUGACGCCGGCACCGAGGUCUACAAAACCGACGCCGAAAUCGACGCUGAGCGCGCGGCCUCAAUCCUCGCCUUGAAGAAAGAGCUCCUAUCACUCGUCCACCCGGAUCUUGCGCGCGAUCAUUCGGCCAACCAGACAGGUCUUUACGAACUUCGCGGAGUAGUCACACAUCAAGGCUCAUCAGCAGACUCUGGCCACUACACAGCGUAUGUGAAGAAGACCGCGGCACCAGGAAAAGUCGAGGAUGGCAAGUGGUGGUGGUUCAACGAUGAUAAGGUGCAGGAGGUUGAAAGCGAGAAAAUUGAGACGCUGGCGGGUGGUGGAGAGAGUCAUUCUGCGCUGAUUUUGCUGUAUAGGGCGGUGGAGCUGCCUGUCAUCGAGUGACGGGCCUUUUCCGCGCGAAAUAAGAGUUAGACGAGGGGCAUGCACUUCUGUCUCGAAAGACGGACUUG